AUGGGUAAUGUUUGUGUAGGACCAAACCUUUCUGGAAACGGUUUCUUGCAAACUGUUUCAGCUGCUUUGUGGAAGCCACGGAUCGGAGCUGAGCAAGCUUCUUCUUCCCAUGGCAAUGCACAACAAGUUCCCAAAGAAGCAGCUGCAGAAGUUUCCAAGGAAGCAGUACCUGAUCAAGUCCAGAAUAAACCCCCUGAGCAAGUCACUAUGCCUAAUCCUAGCUCCAUUCCCGAAGCUGAAACCAAACCCAAACCCGAACCUGAAGAAGCCAAGCAAGAAGUUGUUGUGCAGGUGGAGACAUCAACAAAGACAGAAACAAAGCCUGAACCCAAACCAGAGCCAACAAAACCAGAAACAAAGCCUGAAACCAAUCCAGAGACAAAACCUGAUCCCAACAAGCCUAAACAUAUGAGGAGAGUGUCCAGCGCAGGGCUCAGAACCGAGUCAGUGUUACAGAGGAAGACCGAAAACUUCAAAGAGUUCUACUCACUGGGGAGGAAACUCGGACAAGGGCAGUUUGGGACAACCUUCUUAUGCCUCGAGAAAGGCACAGGGAACGAGUACGCGUGCAAGUCCAUCUCCAAGAGGAAGCUUUUAACAGACGAAGACGUGGAAGAUGUGAGAAGAGAGAUUCAGAUAAUGCACCACUUGGCUGGUCAUCCGAACGUUAUAUCCAUCAAAGGAGCUUAUGAGGAUGUUGUGGCGGUUCAUCUUGUGAUGGAGUUGUGUUCUGGUGGCGAGCUUUUCGAUAGGAUUAUUCAGCGUGGACAUUAUACUGAGAGGAAAGCCGCUGAGCUGGCGAGAACUAUUGUUGGGGUUUUGGAGACUUGUCACUCUCUUGGUGUCAUGCAUAGAGACCUCAAGCCUGAGAAUUUUCUGUUUGUUAGUAGAGAGGAAGAUUCUUUACUGAAAACGAUCGACUUUGGACUCUCAAUGUUCUUUAAACCAGAUGAGGUUUUUACAGAUGUUGUUGGCAGUCCAUACUAUGUAGCUCCAGAAGUUCUUAGAAAGCGUUAUGGUCCUGAAUCAGAUGUGUGGAGUGCUGGUGUCAUUGUUUACAUUUUGUUAAGCGGUGUACCUCCUUUUUGGGCCGAAACCGAACAAGGGAUAUUCGAGCAGGUUCUUCAUGGAGAUCUUGACUUUUCAUCUGAUCCCUGGCCAAGCAUCUCUGAUGGCGCAAAAGACUUGGUGCAGAAAAUGCUUGUAAGAGACCCUAAGCGAAGACUAACUGCACAUCAAGUAUUAUGUCAUCCAUGGGUUCAAAUCGACGGUGUGGCUCCAGAUAAACCUCUGGACUCUGCUGUUUUGAGCCGUAUGAAGCAAUUUUCCGCCAUGAACAAGUUCAAGAAAAUGGCUCUUAGAGUCAUAGCAGAGAGCUUAUCUGAAGAAGAAAUAGCCGGUUUGAAAGAAAUGUUCAAAAUGAUUGACGCAGACAAUAGUGGUCAGAUAACUUUCGAAGAACUGAAAGCAGGACUUAAACGAGUUGGUGCCAAUCUCAAAGAGUCAGAGAUUCUUGACCUUAUGCAGGCUGCUGAUGUGGACAACAGCGGAACGAUAGAUUACAAAGAGUUCAUUGCCGCAACAUUGCAUCUAAACAAAAUAGAGAAAGAGGACCAUUUGUUCGCUGCCUUCUCCUACUUUGACAAGGACGGGAGCGGUUUUAUCACCCCGGACGAGCUUCAACAUGCUUGUGAGGAGUUUGGUGUUGAAGAUGCUCGCAUUGAAGAAAUGAUGCGUGAUGUUGAUCAAGACAAGGAUGGAAGAAUAGACUACAACGAGUUUGUGGCGAUGAUGCAAAAAGGGAGCAUAAUGGGCGGACCUAUGAAGAUGGGUUUAGAGAAGAGCAUUAGCAUAUCUCUGAAACACUAG